AUGGCGUAUUCAUUAUUGAGCGAUGGUAAAUUUGCUUCUACGACCAUUGUUCAUUAUUUUGGAUCUACUGAUGGUAUCAUUGAAACACCUCAUGAGAACACGAAUCUUAAACCGGAAAAUGACAGUUUUAGACCACAUGUUAUGACAGCUAAAUCUCAACUUCAGUGUCAAAAAGAUAAUUUAGUUGGCCCACCUAAACAAUUAUAUAGGAAGCAAGUGACACUAGUUGAUGCACACCCAGCUCAGGAACCAGUAAUGAAGUAUUACCAGAAUUAUAAACAGUGUGCAAACACUGUAGCUAUGGAAAGACAAAGACGCAUGCUGUCAAGUGAUGAUGUAUUUGGGUUAUACAUAUAA